UUUCAUAUCACACCGCGAAGCGAAGCCUUCCAGAAACAAACUGCCGAACACCCAGCGAUCGAGCGAGAGCGGGAGCGAGAUGGCGGCGGAGGCGUGGAGGGCGCGGUUCCGGGAGCGUGUGGUGGAGGCGGCGAGCCGCAUGGCCCGCAUGGAGCGCGUGCAGGGGCAUCUCGCCGCCGCGCAGGGGCACCUGGCGCUGGCGGCGCCGUUGCUCGCGGACAACGCGGCGGCGGCGGCCGCGCGCGACAGGAUCCAGCGCGUGCUGGGCGCGCUCGGGGAAGCGUCCAGCGAUCUCGCCUUCGCGAUGUCCGUCAUGAACGGGGCCAAGCUCCUCGUGUUCAGCGAUGUGAUCGGGAUCGAACAGCUGGGCGACCAAUACUUCCCGGAGGGCAACGCCGGGGUCGUGCUCCAUGACUCCGUGGAGGACGUGGAGGAAGCGUUCGCCAUGGUAGACAGCUGCCGCAGUCACCUGGAUGCGGUCCUCCUCCUGCUGGACCAUCCGCGUCUCCCUGGCGUCGACGGCUUGAUCCAGGAGGAGCUCGCCGCCGCCGAUGGUGACCUCCAGGCCGCGAUAGGGAACGCGGAGUUGGGCACCGAGUUGGCCGUCGGCGCCCGGCAGGAUGUAUCCGGCGCCAACUGAUUCCGUCGAGACUUCGUAUGCUUGAUCCCUCGUUGCUCUGUCGAUAGUUUUGUUCGUGUUUGCCACUCGACAUGUUCCUGCCUUGUUACUUGUUCAUGUUGUCUGAUCGAUGAAUUCUGAAACAUUGUUUGGACAUUUUGCCAUUUUGGUUGCGUUUGUGCGCUUGAAUUCUGUGGAAUUUUUUUUUUCAAUCCAGUGUUUUUUCCA